AUGCCCGUAUAUCACUUUCGUAAAAUAAACAUAUACGUAGCGGCAUUUCUUAUAGCAUUUCUUAUUUUUCUGCUGUCUUCACCCUAUGUAGUUCAAGACUUUACUUUUAAUGACGAAAUUCUAGACUUACCUUCUCAAGUUUCUCCUGAUGAGAAAAAGAACAAACCCUUCGUAGGUAGCGAUGACGGAGCUCCAAACACUUCAGGACAUUAUAAUUUAUUGUUUGCGAUUGCUUCAACAGUAGGUGAUAUACGUCAAAGGAGGUUUUUAAGAGAAGCAUUUUUUGGUAUCAAGAAUAAUUUGGAACCAUGUAUGGUCCAGGAUGGUAACGUUUAUUAUAAGUUUUUAAUAAAACCGUAUAAAAGUGUAGACAAAGGUACAUUAAGAGAUUUUACUGCCGAAUUCGUUGAAUAUGAUGACAUUAAAGAAUUUCCAAAUAUCAGCGGUCAAAAAUUUCAAGAAUCCAUUCUCCAAUGGGCACAAGAUCUUGGCAAACAAGGCAUUACUUAUAAUUAUCUCGUAAUUAUCAAUGACAAAACUCUUAUAAAUCUUGAAAAGCUCCAACAAGCCUUGGAAGAAUCAUCCAUUCACGGAAGUAUAUUAACACAAACUCAAAAACGCACACUUGUUUGGGGUUCAUUUAUGACGUUAGAUGCUGAUGACAUGGCCAUUAUUCUUGGUCGUGAUGCUGUUGCUCCUAUUAUUGACUCAAAAAAUAGUAUUAAAGUUAUUGACUCAAACUUCACAAACACGAUUACACGAGCUUUCCAAUAUUACCAAGCAUAUCCUGAUGAUAGCGGAUUAUAUCUUGUAAAUGAUGACGUUGGAAUUAUAGAAUUUCCAAACGCUGUAGAAAAUGUUUCAAUUGAAAAAACUAUAGCUGUUGGUCAUAUAUUCCUGGAAGAAGAUAUAAGGGAUUUGUUUGAGCAUCUUUCCAUCCCCAAAACUUUAAUUUGUCAUCCUAGAAAUGAUCCAAAUAAGUUAAAUAUUGCUGUAAUAACUAGCAGUUUCGUUUAUGAUAAUCUUUGUAUGCUUCCCGCAGCUCGUUUGACGGGUGAGAAUAAACGCGAUUAUGCUAAAAAACAUGGAUACUCUUUCGUAGGAAGAUCCGCCGAAUUUGCUCAACAAACUUAUAAACUACGUAAAACUGUUUGGGGCAAAUUUGAUGCUAUUGAAAAAGUACUUCCGCAUUAUGACUGGAUAUUCUGGCUUGAUAUGGAUACUGUAAUCAUGAAUUAUUCUAUAACGGUUGAGAAACUUAUUGAUCAAUUUAUUGAAAAAGCUGGUGGACAGGAACAGUUUGAUAAGAAACAUUUGAUUGUUGCAAGACCAGUUAACGAUAAAAUGAUUAAUGCUGGAGUAUUUAUAAUGAGAAAUUCUGAAUGGAGUCGAGAUUUUUUGAGACUUACACAAAAGCGAAGAGAUCUUUAUUUGGGACAUAUGUAUGAACAACGUGCUAUGUGGGAUCUUAUGCAAGAACCAGAAUGGGCACCUGGAACGUUAUUUUUAGACCAAGAUGAUCGUACUUUUAAUACUUUCCCAUCCCGAUAUAUAAAUGGUGAUUUCGUUGUACAUUAUGCACCAGAUGGUUGUCCUGCAAAACCGAUCAUUGAUGCAAUUGGUAAAAUGAAAGUACUUGAAAAAAAGCCUGAUAUGGAAAUAUCACUUGAUCACCUCAUGGACCAUUAA